UCCAUACUAUACGUUUUCGUUGUUGAUACUGUCGCUCUUUUACCUGUUCCUUUACUCCCGAUUUCGAUUCUUGCUAUAGGUUUGCGCACCGGAGGACUCGGCUGUGAUUGAGUUGUGUACUGUGGCUUGCGUGGUAUAUCGAAUCGUGUUUGGAUGGGAGGAUGAGGGGAAGAACAUUGGCUCGCGGAGCCGCAAUCUGUGCAACAUGGACACAACUCACGGGCGCCAUAUCCCUCGACAUCACAUCAGAAACAUCCAUCAAAAGCGCAGCCGCCACAGUCGCCUACGGCAUGAUGAAAUACUACACCGGCAACAACACCGGCGACAACCCAGGCAACCUCCCUUCGCCCUACUACUGGUGGGAAGCCGGCGCCUGCUUCGGCACCAUGGUCGAGUACUGGUACUACACGAACGACACGUCCUACAACCCGACCGUCACGGCCGCCCUGCUCUCCCAGGUCGGAACCAACGAUGAUUUCAUGCCCGAGAACCAGACGAAGACGGAGGGGAACGACGACCAGGGGUUCUGGGGCAUGGCAGCCAUGUCUGCGGCCGAGAUGAACUAUCCUAACCCGCCAAGCGACGAGCCGCAGUGGUUGGCGCUGGCUCAGGCGGUGUUCAAUGAGAUGGUUACGAGGUGGGAUGAUAGUACUUGUGGUGGAGGCCUGAGAUGGCAGAUCUUUACUUGGAAUAACGGAUAUACGUAUAAGAACUCUAUUGCAAAUGGAUGUUUCUUCAACAUCGCGGCGAGACUGGCGAGGUAUACGGGGAAUGCGACGUAUGCGGAUUGGGCGGAGAAGACGUGGACGUGGAUGGAAGAUGUCGGGUUGAUGAGUUCAGACUAUGCUGUCUACGACGGGACGAGUGAUACGACGAAUUGCUCGACUAUCGACCAUUUGCAGUUUACGUAUAACCAGGGCAUCUAUCUCUUUGGCGCGGCAGUAAUGUAUAACUACACCAACGCCUCCUCAACCUGGAACACGCGCCUCUCGGGCGUCAUGAACGGCACCGACAUCUUCUUCAAAGACGACAUCAUGUACGAGCAAGCCUGCGAAGACGUCAACACAGUCGGGACCUGCGACACGGACCAGCAAUCCUUCAAAGCCUACCUCUCGCGCUGGAUGGCCGCGACCGCGAAACUCGUGCCGUGGACCACGUCCUACAUCACGCCGAAACUACAGGCGAGCGCCAAAGCGGCGGCCGCGCAGUGUGAUGGCGGCACCGAUGGGACGACGUGUGGCGAGCAUUGGACGGCCAAUUCGACGUAUGAUGGGAUUUAUGGGUUGGGGCAGGAGAUGAGUGCGCUGAGUGUUAUACAGGCAAUGCUCAUAGACCAAGCCCCCGAACUAGUAACCAACACGACGGGCGGAACCUCAGUCGGCAACUCAGAUGCCGGCACAGGCUCAACGACCAGCAGCUCGACGGGAACGGUCGAUACGCCCGUCACGGGCGCCGAUAAAGCGGGCGCGGGGAUCUUGACUGCGUUAGUGUUAUGUGGUGUGCUUGGUGGGACUGGGUUUAUGAUUAUGGGAGCUUGAUUUUUUGGAGCGUGUUUGUUUCUCUCUCUCAUAGCAGAUGGAGUUUGGGGUGGGGGUUCUUUUGUAUUUAUUUUGGUGGGGAUUUCGUGUAUAUUUUGAGAUUUGUUUCAUGGUCUGGCAUAGGCUAGGGAGAAUGUUGUAUAUCCAGUACUCGUUCUUGCUUGUCAUCGAAUCUCUCAUAUAUCUUCCUCGACAUGUGAGGA